UUCACCACUUGAAAAACACAAGGUGUCUGUACCCAAACAGUCACAAAGCUAAAGGCUCUGGAAGGAAACUUAUUUUGUCAGUGUAGUAGCAACUUUGGAAUACUUUUUUUUUUUUGAAGUCAUGGAGAUUUUAGAUCUGUUUCUCCAGUCCACCAGCUCUGUCUCUCUGUUGGGGUCUCUUGUGGUCUUGCUCCUCAUCUAUUUCAUCUCCACCUCCAGCUUCAGGUUUCAGCAAGACAGGAUGGAACCACCGGGACCAAAAGCACUUCCCCUACUCGGCAACCUGCUGCAGUUUGACUUAAAGACACCCCACAACACUUUAAUGAAGCUCUCAAAGAAAUAUGGUUCAUUGUUCACUGUCUAUAUGGGACCAAAGAAAGUGGUGGUCCUGGCAGGAUACAAGACGGUGAAAGAGGCACUUGUUAACUUUGCUGAAGAGUUUGGAGACAGAGAUCCAAUGCAAAUUAUGAUUGAAUUUAGCCAAGGAUAUGGUAUUACAUGGUCCAAUGGUGAAAUAUGGAAAGAGAUGAGGCGCUUUGUUAUGAUGAACCUGAAAGACUUUGGGAUGGGCAAGAAGGUGUGUGAGGACAAAAUCAUUGAGGAGUGUCACCGACUCAUUGAAGUGCUUAAGAAAUUCAAAGGAGAAGCUCUCGAUAUGACCCAACCAAUACAUUAUGCAGUCUCCAAUAUUAUAUGCUCCAUGGUCUAUGGCAACAGAUUUGAAUAUGACGAUCCACAGUUUACAUACAUGUUGGAAUGCAUGAGCACACGGGUUAAACUCGCAGGCUCCCCUUCAAUACAGGUGUACAAUGUGUUCCCGUGGUUCUUCAAAUGGAUUGCUAACAGGAAGGAAUUCCACCAAAUGAAUGUAUUUAACAGAAAACAGAACUUAGAAAUAUUCAGUAGUUUGAAAAAGACCCUCAAUCCACAGAUGUGCAGAGGCUUGGUGGAUGCCUUUCUGGUCCGAAAGCAAAAUCUAAAGGAAUCUGGGAUUACCAACAGUCAGUUCCACAAUGAAAACCUCAUGGUAACAGUUCUGAAUCUGUUUGGCGGUGGCACUGACACAACAGCAACUACAGUGAGAUGGGCACUUAUGCUCAUGGCCAAGUAUCCAAAAAUACAAGACCAGGUCCAGGAGGAGCUGAGCGGGGUGAUAGGAAGUCGUCAAGUGCAGGUCGAAGACAGGAAGAACCUGCACUUCACCAACGCUGUCAUCCAUGAGAUACAGAGACUGGCCAACAUUGCACCCAUGGGACUUCCUCACAAAGCUACCAAAGAUGUAACCUUUCAGGGUUAUUUCAUUAAGAAGGGGACCACGGUGUAUCCUCUCUUGGCAUCUGUCCUUUAUGAUGAGAGUGAGUGGGAGAACCCACACAGCUUUUAUCCCGCUCACUUCCUGGACAAAGAUGGGAAGUUUGUCAAGCGAGAAGCCUUCUUGCCUUUUUCUGCAGGUCGCAGAGUUUGUCCCGGAGAGAGUCUGGCCAGGAUGGAGCUCUUCAUCCUCUUCGUCACCCUCCUGCAGCACUUUCGUUUCACUCCUCCUCCUGGAGUUUCAGAAGAUGAACUGGGUCUUAAUCCACCUGGGAGCUUGACCCGCUACCCUACACGUCAUAAACUAUGUGCUGAGCACGCACAACACUGUCGAGCCGGCACUUUCACUGAGCUAAAAGACUACAAUGCCUACAACCUUGUCAUAAGGAACCCCCUUUCCGUUUCCGGUGGCGGAUUACUACCAACGGACAAUGAGGCUUCUAUAGAAAAUCAAUGGAUUAGACAAAAUGUCAAAUAAAUCAUCACGGAAACCA